AUGGCAAUGCGUUCUGCAUCACUUAGCAGCUUCAAAAAGCCCCUUUACCUAUGGAACUUGAUGAUUCGAGAUUCUACCAAUAACGGCUUCUAUAUUGAAACCUUAAACAUAUACACUUCAAUGGUUUCACACACUGGUGGGCAUGGGAACACCUUUACUUACCCUUUGCUCCUAAAGGCCUGUGCCAACCUGGGUUCCAUGAUUCAUGGGACUAUGAUUCAUGGCCAUAUUCUGAGACUUGGCUUCCAAGAUGACUUAUUUGUUCAAACUGCACUUGUUGGCAUGUAUGCUAAGUGCACUUAUGUUGAGUGUGCACGCCACGUGUUUGAUGGAAUGGCGCACAGAAGCGUCGUAUCCUGGAACUCCAUGAUUUCGGCUUAUUCUCGUGGGUUUUUUAUGGAUGCGGCAUUCAGCCUCUUGAAAGAUAUGUGGGUUCUUGGCUUUGAGCCAAGUUCGCCCACAUUUGUUUUAAUUUUGUCAGGUUGUUCGGAUUCAGAUUUAGAUUCCUUUAGCUUUUGGUGGCAAGGGAUGUCGAUACAUUAUUGCUUGAUCAAACUUGGACUUGUGUAUUCUCAAGUUACUUUGGCCAAUGCGUUAAUGGGAAUGUAUGUUCACUUUAGCCAAAUGGAGGAAGCGAGGAAGAUUUUUGAUUUGAUGGAUGAAAAAUCAAUAAUUUCUUGGACAACUAUUAUGGGAGGUUAUGUGAAAGUUGGCCAUGUUGCGGAAGCAUAUAAUUUAUUCAAUCAAAUGCAGCAUCAAAGUACUGGCAUAGAUUUUAUUGUAUUUCUAAUUCUUAUAUCUGGUUGUAUACAAGUAGGAGAUCUCUUAUUAGCUUCAUCAGUUCAAGCUUUUGUACUUAAAUGUGGAUGCGAUAAAGAGGAGUCCAUUGAAAAUUUGCUAAUAACUAAGUAUGCAAAAUGCAGUGACCUUGCAUCUGCUAGAAGGAUAUUUGAUUUGAUUAUCAAAAAGAGUAUUUUCUCAUGGACAUCAAUGAUUGCAGGAGAUGCCCAUUCGGAUCACCCAUUGGAGGCAUUGCAUUUGUUUAGAAGGCUUGUACGGACAGAUUUUAGACCAGAUGGACCAAUCGUUGCUACUGUUAUCAGCUUGUGCUGA